AUGCCGACCUCCCGUCGCGUCGCUGACAUCAUAAUUCCACAAGAUGCAGCCCCUCCCGAACAAGGCCCGAACGAGACCAGUUACUUCUUUAACCUCCUCAACCGCGACGUCCGAAACCUAAUCUACAAUUACAUGACGCUUGGUCAAAUUCGUACCAAGGACGCGACCCAAUGGGUUGGCUUUAGAGGUACCUGUCGGCAGGCAAAACAAGAAGCUGAAGAGGAGGGCGUGCGUCAUCUGUGGCUGUAUGUCCAGGACAUCUGCAGAAGAUUCACCAAGAGUACGGGGUAUAGGCUGAGACUACCGCAUCAACUGAAGAACAUGGAAGACUUUGCUGGACUAACAGAGUUGACGCUGAUCACCAACGCACCUGUUCACCUGGUCGACCUUCGUAAAGAUCGCUAUCCUCGCACUGGUGUCGAGGACUUACUUUCUAUUGAGAUCAACAACAUUGUCCUCCAUUAUACGAGUCAGCAGGUAGUGAAGAAUCUAGAAGAUAUGACAGAAGCAGCAGUGCUCAUGCUAAUGGGUCUAGAAAGCGGAAUCGACAGGAGUCCCAGCCGUUUAGACACAGAUGAGUUCUUUGCCGGCACCAUCACUGUCUCGUGGGAUUAUCGUAACUGUACCCGAGAGGACGAAUACGAGAGCUUGCCUACUUACCAGCUGAAGCGAGAACUUCGCAACCGAGGCGUUGCAUCGGCAGAGAUUCCAGAGCGCAAGCCUGCCGUUAUCGACGCUCUUCUCUUGCAUGAUUCCAGAAAUCCGCAAACCAUCGCGCCUACAACCCCAAGACCUGCUACCAAUGUCCCCCAGGUACUUCUUGGAAAACGCUUCUAUACUGUAGAGGUAGAUGGAUCACUCGAUACCAUGGAGUUCGAGGGCGAUAUACCGCCAUUCCACGCGGAUACCAAUCUCUUCAGCCCUGGCACAUCGAGAUUCUACGCAGAUACGUCCUUGUUUUACGCUACAAAUCGACGUAGCUCGGUUGGUAUGGUGCGCUUGGAUGAGAUCCAUCAUCGUUUUGGUGGAGGUAUGUGGGAUUCCUUGUGGGAAGUUGCUUGGGAUGAUGUACGCAAAGCACGUGAACAAUGGGAUUAUGUACCCGUUCAAGUCUGCUGGACUGGUAUCAAAUAUGACUAG